CGCUCCUAAAGAAAAUAACACAUUUGUGUUGUUCUGUUUUUCUUUUCGUAAAAAAUAAAUAAUUGGCUGAAUAUCUGAAAAAUUUGAGGCCAUGUUUGGCAUGUUUAAAUCCAUAUUUCUUUUAAAAUAUUUCUAAAGUUAAAUAAUUUUAUUAUAUCUCAUUUUGCAAUAAUAAAAUAAAUCUUACAAUAUCCUACUAAAAACUUAAAACUGGAAGUGGAAAUUUAAUAUUGCCGCCAAGCGGAAACGGAUAUUCUCUACACGACAACGAAAAAACAAAUGAGUAAUGGGAAAUGGCGCUUGCUGUCGAAACGGCAAGUAUUUAUACAAAUAAUUUAAUCGAUACGAGAACGAACCGCUAGUAAACAGGGUUAAAAUGAGUGUCGAUGCGUACGGGCCUAGUUCGCAAACACUCACGUUUUUGGAUACUGAAGAUGCUGAUUUGAUAGGGGCUGAUACACAGGGCUCCGAAUGUGAUUUUACCGAUUUUACCAUCCCUUCACAAACGCAAGCCUCGCAGCACGAUCAUACAGGCCCCAAAGUUUCUGGGGUACAGAUCAGUAGCAGUAUAACCAACAAGAUUGUGACAACAACAAGUGCUCUGGGAGAAUUACAAUUUGAAGAGGAUGAUGAGGAAGGAUAUUUUAAUGCUAAAGAACUUCCAGAUUAUGCUUGCAAGUACUGUGGAAUCCAUGAACCAAACUGUGUUGUUAUGUGUAACCUCUGCAAAAAGUGGUUCUGCAAUGGUAGAGGAAACACUUCAGGAAGCCAUAUUAUCAACCAUCUGGUAAGAGCAAAACACAAAGAAGUUACCCUUCAUAAAGAUGGACCAUUGGGAGAGACUAUUUUAGAAUGUUAUAGUUGUGGAGUCCGUAAUGUUUUUGUUCUUGGUUUUAUACCUGCCAAAGCAGAUUCUGUAGUGGUACUUCUUUGUAGACAGCCAUGUGCUGCUCAGAAUUCUCUAAAGGAUAUGAAUUGGGAUCAAGACCAGUGGAAGCCUUUAAUAGCUGAUAGAUGUUUUUUGACUUGGCUUGUAAAAAUACCAUCAGAACAAGAACAAUUGAGAGCUAGACAAAUUUCAGCUCAGCAAAUAAAUAAAUUGGAAGAAUUAUGGAAAGAAAAUGUGGAUGCCACUUUUCAAGAUUUGGAAAAACCUGGUGUUGAUGAAGAACCCCAACAGGUUCUCUUACGAUAUGAGGAUGGAUACCAAUACCAAAACAUCUUUGGUCCACUGGUAAAAUUGGAAGCUGAUUAUGAUAAACGUCUUAAAGAAUCACAAACUCAAGAAAAUAUUGAAGUGCGUUGGGAUGUUGGACUCAACAAAAAAACCAUUGCUUAUUUUACUCUAGCUAAAACAGAUGGGGAUAUGAAAUUGAUGCAUGGCGAUGAACUAAGGUUAAGAUAUGUUGGAGAAAUGCAUAAAACUUGGGCUGGAGUAGGACAUGUAAUUAAAGUUCCUGAUAAUUAUGGAGAGGAUAUUGGAAUUGAGUUGAAGAAUGGAUCUGGAGCUCCUGUGGAAUGCUCAAGUAACUUUGUUGUAGAUUUUAUUUGGAAAAGUACCAGUUUUGACAGAAUGCAACUAGCACUGAGAAAAUUUGCUGUUGAUGAUGCUUCGGUCUCUGCUUACAUCUACCAUCGUCUACUAGGUCAUGAAGUUGAGGAAGUUUUAUUCAGAUGUCACUUGCCAAAACAUUUUUCAGCUCCUAAUUUGCCAGAUCUUAAUAGAUCUCAGGUUUAUGCCGUUAAACAUGCCCUUCAGCGACCUUUGUCUCUAAUUCAAGGUCCUCCAGGUACAGGAAAGACUGUGACUUCAGCCACUAUUGUGUAUCAGCUAGUUAAACAAAAUGGUGGACCGGUCCUAGUAUGUGCUCCAAGUAACACAGCGGUCGACCAACUUACUGAAAAAAUACACAAAACAAAUCUAAAAGUUGUUCGACUGUGCGCCAAAUCUCGUGAAGCCAUUGAUUCUCCUGUCAGCUUUUUGGCUCUGCAUAACCAGAUAAGAAAGAUGGAAGGUAAUACAGAACUUCAAAAAUUACAACAACUAAAAGAUGAAACUGGCGAACUGAGUUCAGUAGAUGAAAAACGUUACAGAAUGUUGAAGAAAAUGGCAGAGAAGGAACUUCUAGAAGCUGCUGAUGUUAUUUGUUGUACUUGCGUUGGUGCUGGGGAUCCCAGAUUGGUCAGAUUGAAGUUCCAUUCAAUUUUGAUUGAUGAAAGCAUGCAGGCAACUGAACCAGAAUGUAUGGUACCGGUAGUACUUGGCGUUAAACAACUUAUCUUGGUAGGGGAUCACUGUCAGCUUGGCCCCGUCGUAAUGUGCAAAAAAGCAGCCCGUGCUGGUUUAUCUCAAAGUUUAUUUGAACGUUUAGUAGUACUGGGCAUCAGACCUUUUCGUCUAGAAGUCCAAUACCGCAUGCACCCUGAAUUGUCUCGUUUUCCAUCAAACUUUUUCUAUGAGGGCAGUUUACAAAAUGGGGUGAGCGCUGAAGAAAGGAAAUUAGUCAAAAUCGAUUUCCCCUGGCCCAUAGUGGACCGUCCUAUGUUCUUUUUAGUUACACAAGGGCAAGAAGAAAUUGCUGGGUCUGGAACUAGUUAUCUGAAUCGAACAGAAGCAUCAAAUGUUGAAAAAAUUGCUACAAGAUUUCUUAGAUCGGGUGUAAAACCUGAACAAAUCGGGGUAAUCACUCCUUAUGAAGGACAACGUGCUUACUUAGUUCAAUAUAUGCAAUAUCAAGGUUCUUUACAUAGCAAACUUUAUCAAGAAAUAGAAAUCGCUAGUGUAGAUGCAUUUCAAGGUCGUGAAAAGGACAUCAUUAUUAUGUCUUGCGUACGUUCUAAUGAACAUCAAGGAAUAGGAUUUCUAAACGACCCUCGAAGAUUGAAUGUAGCAUUAACUAGAGCUAAAUACGGAAUUAUCAUUGUUGGAAAUCCUAAAGUUUUGUCCAAACAACCACUCUGGAAUCAUUUGCUGUCUUUCUAUAAAGAGCAGAAGGUAUUAGUGGAAGGUCCAUUGACUAAUCUCAAAGAAUCCCUAAUUCAGUUUGCUAAACCGAAAAAAUUGAUAAACUCUGAAAACCCAGGAUCACAUUUUAUGACUACAUCUAUGUUUGACGCCAGAGAAGCUAUGGUGCCUGGUAGCGUUUAUGAUCGCAGUGCUAACCAGAACCUAAAUGGACAAUUUAACUAUCCUAGCCACAGAGGCGUACCUUUAGAUGUUUUUGGAAGAACUCAUGAUCCCAUCAGCUAUAUAUCACCUGAACGUGCUCAAGCUGGAAUGAAUUUACCUGUACCUGUAGGAAUGUUUAUGAAUAUGGCACACAUUCCACCAAGAUUUUAUAAUCAACACCAACAAGCUUUACAAGCACGUCAGCAGCAGAACCACAGAAACAGAAAACCACCGCAAAGACAAAAAGGCAAAGGUGGCAAUUUGAGUCAGGAUCAAACUCAACCAUUCAGCCAGAGCUUGCAAUUAACACAAGGAAUGUCCCAGCCUGGGUUAUCUCAACCAGGUUUCAGUUUAAGUCAAGCUGGAUUAUCCCAGGCAGAACUUAGCCAAGACCCCUAUAUGGCUGAAUACCAAUCCCAAAUGGACGGACUUUUGUCACAAGAUUCUACUUACCAGGGAGAUAGGUCUGCCUUUUAUCAGCCGAGUGCUCAGUUCUCCCAGCCCUAUUGAUCGAGUUCGGCAGAAGAAUGACAAUAGAAUCGCGGGAGCGGUCUUCUGAAAAUUUGCAAGUGAAUGAGAUCUGAUUGUCAAAUUGUCAGUAAUGCAGCAAACAAGGUCACAAGAAGUCGACAACGGAAAAAUAUCUAAAAAAAUCGACAUAUGGAGAGAGGAAAUAUACAAAACAUCUAAAAUAAACAAAAUAAAAAAUAAUAGAAGCGAACGCCGGAUAAAAAGGUGCGUGUUCCCAAAAAAAAAAAUUCAGUCCCCCUUCGAUUAGGGGGGAUGACACUCUUCCUGUAGGUGACAUUUUUCACACCGCUGUGACUAAGAUACCUUUAUUUACAACAAAUUAUUGUAAGAUUUAUUUUAAUUUAAUGUUUUUAGUAAGUUAUUUUUGUUGGGCAUUUUUUAAGAUGGUUGGCUGUUAUUUCAUAUUACGUCGGUAAAAAAAAAAAAACCUAAAAGCGAAAAGAAAAAGUCAAUUUUCUUUAACUAUUAAUGAAAUAAAAAUCUAAAAAAACAAAAUUAAGGUAAAUAUUGUGAAUGUUUAUGGUCUUCAAAAUAAAUUUUACCGAUUUUGAAAUAAUUGCCGUCAACUUUCUGCAAAAAAAGUAAAUAAAGAAAAACCAAACAAAGGCUCAUGCCAUAAUCGGCAUAACAUAUAACUUUAUUUUUUUUUAAUUAUAUGUAAGGCAUUGAUUGCCAAAGGGUUAUUGGUUUAUAUAUAUAUUUUUUUUUUUUUUCAUUUUUCAUGGCAUUAGAAUCAUAUUAAUCUGAAAAUGAGAACUGUGCUAUGCUCAUUUCUUAUUUUACCACUACUACUCACUGCUUUUUUUAUUUUGGACCUGCUAUGCCAAGUAGUCCGUGUACUGAACUUUCCUUGUGAGUUAUAAAAUUUAUUUUGAG